AUGCUACGCCGCAAGCCAGCUUUCCAGCAACUCCACCUUCGCGUGUCCAACGCGUACCCAGUGGUGCUGAUUUGUCGGCACCCAAACGAAGAUUACUUUCCUGUUCCAGGAGAUGCUACCAUUGCAGGAACAACGGCAUGGGUGGGUGUUUGUCGGAAAAACCAUAUCCGCAAGCUGGCUGUCAUACAGGAGGUGAGAAAUGCAGGGCUAUUGGACUUGAAAUGCCUAUCGCAGAUUGCUGUGCCUAAUGUAGCGAGAGUCAUUGCGCUCUAUCAUCAAAAGGGCAAGUUCUACGCAACAUACGAAUAUAUCGACCUAGACAUUCUUGAGAUUGGCCCCCUUGCCGACAAGGAAAUUGCCAAUGCUUUCUUGCAAGUUCUUCGAGGCAUUCAAAGAUUGCUUUUCCUCUCGAUUGGAUUUCGCAUCGACUCCAUACGGGUGAAUUCCAGUGGUGAUGUUAAGAUUGGUUAG